UUUUUUUUUUCAUUGAAAACCAUCAUGGGUGCUCAAGUAGUUGAUUAUAGAGUAUCUACUCUUGUUGUAUUAUGUAAAGAUUGUGGGCAAGAUGUUGGAUUAUAUCCUAGUCGACAUAAAUGUCAAACCAGUAUAUCUAGACCACCAGUUCCAGCUUUACCUACUCGUUUUGCAGAAUCCAAUGAAUCUUUACAAGUACCUCGAAAACCUGUUCAUUCUCCUGAUGCUUCAACAACAAGUGGAUUAUCCUCUCGGCCAACUAGUUCAGCAUCCUCUUCUUCCUUCUCCAGUAUGCCUUCACCCAAUUUUUCAGAUACAACUGCAAGUUCUUCUCCUUCUAGUGGAAAAUGGGCUCGGUUUGGUCAACGAAGCAAACAACAAGAUGAUCAACAACAACAACAAGACGGCGAUGAUUCUAUUUAUUUUAACAAAUUCGCGGAACAUCUUCCUGAUCAAGAACCACAAGGUAAAAAACUUUGGGGUAAAGUACGUCAAAAUGAAAAAUGGAAGCAAAUGACUGAAAAAAAUGAUACCCAGAAACAAAGUGGAAAAUUAUGGGGAAAACUACUUUCAGCUACACAGAACAUGGCAGACAAGUUACCUUCCCGUGAUGAUAGAGGUCCAGAUUCUGAUGAAUCUGAUUGGGAAGGCGAAACACAUGUGUCAAGGGUUUUACGUGAAUAUUAUGAGAAGAAACGUCGUCCUUUACCAAACUGGCUACGUGAUGAACGAACACCUACUUCAUCAGCAAACUACAAGCAAUCACCAUCAUCACAUCAACAGCAUAUAAAUGAUACCAGAAUACGUCCUCAAUCACCAAGAGAUGAUAUGACAAAACCAUCCUCGUCACGACGAAGAUUAUGGGAUCAUUCUCAAGAAUUAUCAAGUAGAGAAAGAGAGCGUCAAGAAUUACGCCAACAACAACCUCCUCCAACAGAAGUGAACGACCAUCAACAUCGACCAUUAUCACCACCACAUAGUGGACGCCAAUAUAGGGGUAAUGGUGAUCAUUAUGACGAUGAAUAUUCAGCAUAUACAGCUUCUAAACAACAUGGUUAUCGCCGUGGAUAUGAUGAUCAUGAACGGGGUUAUAGGAACAACGACCAUCCAAGCUAUCGAGAUCAUUAUCAACAACAUGAACAACAACCAACAUCUUUCCGGUCCAAUGCACGUAUAUCUCAAGAUGAAUCUAGAAUGGGUCAACAACAAAGACAAUAUAUGCGCAGUGCAACUCCUGAUCAUCGUGGUGGUUAUGAAAACGAUUUGGACGAUUAUUAUCAUUCUGGUCGACAACAUCCUCCAUCAUCAUCAUCAGACCGUCUUCGUGGCCCACGCAACCCUUCUAGCCGACCUAAUCGAUACUUGGAUGCCAAUAGUGAUUACUACUAGGUUUUGUAUCAAACUUUGAAUAUUUAUAUUUUCUUCCUCAUUCCCCUAUAUAUCUUUUUUUUUUUUUAAUUUAUAUCAAGUAUUAAUAGUAGUUUAUAGUUAUGAUUGAAUGUAUUAUUACGAAAUAAAUCAUAUUUUCUUUUG